AUGACGCCCAAGCGCCAGCGGACAGUUCAAGGCUCAUGCUGGCCAUGUAAGCAGCGGCGGGUCAAAUGCGACCUGGUACAGCCCCGUUGUCGUCGAUGUAUCCUCUCGGGCGCGAAGUGCAGCUUCGACAAACUUCUGGUACGCUGGAAUUCUCGCCCUACGAAGUCCGCCCCCUUGGCUUACCAGGCUGCCUGCACAUCACCCAAGGCAACUUUAUUUGGCCAAUUACAUGAUGCUCAACUGGCCUCGGGCGAGCUCAAAUCACUCGACUACUUCCAAGCUGCCCUUUGGCCCUUGCUCACUACCGCCACCCACCCUUGUCCUCCCCCUAUAUCACUUGCACUGGAGUUCGAGCCUGUCCUGCUUGCAAUGUGCGAAUUGGCAGAGGCGCAUCGUGUGCUUCAGCAUGAUAACAGUCCCAAGCAGUUGAAGUCCAUAAGCGAAAAAAGACUGAGCUGCUUAACGUCCGUCCGACAACAAUUACAUCAAAAUAUUUCCAACAAUGAGUCUUUAUCUAGACUACUAGUUGCUGUAUUAUUGCUAUAUUUUCUCGACGGUUUCAUAGACUGUGGAGAACAGUCUGCAUCAACGGCUAGCCACCAGGCUGGUGUACAGGCGAUCGUGGAACAACUUGGAGGGCUUGAUGCACUUAUGGGUGAGGGCAAAAAGGAGACCCCUCUUAUGUUACUAUCCGAGUUCGCCUCAACGGAUCUCACUCGAGCUCUACUUGACGACCGAGCACCAUGCUUCCCGGGUAAAAUCUGGCAACAAAUCGAGCGUGGACCCGUUUGGUGGGAGAAGCAGCCCUAUGGCGUCAAUCUAUCAGUCAUAUUUCAAACAAUGGCAGAGAUGGCAUUUUAUCGACAAUCUAUCCAAGCUAACGAGGAAAAACUACACAUUGAUCAAGUUCGAGACUUCGAACGACGUCUCCAACCCAGCUUUUCCGUCCUGAGCCUAGAUCACUUCGGCUGCCCAGAAGAAGAAACGCUUUCAAAAUCCGAACUGGAGAAAGCCAACCAAACUUCUGCAUUUACUAGGGCAUUCCAACACAGCGCUUUGAUUUAUCUCUAUCGCGCGGUCUGCGGGUUACCUCCUCGCCAUCGCCUCGUACAACAACAUGUCAGCUUCUGCAUGGGUGUAUUCAAGCUAUUAGCCCCGACUCGAAAGCACAUAACUGUAUCGUCUUUCCACUUUAUGUGGUUGGGGCACACUCAUUUACCAGCGACCACCAAAGUCAUAUUCUGGGCAAGUUGGACUCGAUCUUUCGCACGAUAA